UAAAGGCAAAAAGGAAAAAUAACUUUUCAGCAGCUCGUCGUUCUCGUCGUCGUCGUGGUCGCGUUUUUCCACACACAACCGUGCGUGUUCUUUGGCAGGGCUCCGUUUUUCUUUGCGCCUACAACAAACCAGUUCCGAUUCAAGAGAAAUCCGCAGACCGUGCGUUUCCUAUAGGAAAGUCGAUUGAAAACAUUAUUGCGAACUAGUUUGACCUGUGGUCUAGCUCCGAACUUCUUGUUUCGCGUCUAUUGGUUGUCAAUUUCGAGUGCGUGAGUGUAUCCUCGAUAAAAAGGCAAGAUUUAUAAUCCGUAUCCUUGUGCUGGUUGCUGACCAUCGUGACCAUCGUAAAGUGAAAAGUUUUUUCUAACAAACAUUUCACAACUCAGUCAAAAAAGUGAAAACGACGCAAAGUGAAUGAAGUGAGCGCUAGCAAAAAUUUGCAAAAACAUUUUUGCCAGGCACCUUUCACGGGUUCCUUACAGAUUCCAGUCGCUGUGUGAGGUGUUUUGGGUGUAAAAGAAAGUGAAACAGAGCAGAAAUAGUUCCAAUUGGAUCUCGGCUGUAGGGUCGUGCUGUUUGUAGCCUCUAUCUGAUCACCAGCGUCUUCCUGUGCAGCCGGCAACCGGACAGACGGAAAGUGUGGCGAAGAUAGCUGUUAAACGCAACCUGCACUGGAAGCUGAUUGAUCGGCCGGUCGGUGGAAGGGGUGAAUGGGGAUCUGCACACUUUAAUUAAGAUAUUCUAAAGGCAGACGGUUCCCGGGUGGAAACCGCAAACAAGUGACGUGGAUCACCGUCAGUAUCCUUCGCUUACAGUCCGAGUGCUCUGUUCAGAGCUAAUUCUUCUCCAGUGCUAGAACUAUCAUUACGAGUGGCAGAAAAAGGAUACAUACACACGUUCUCGAGGAACGUACCUAGAUUAAGUCAUCCUCUCUAGCGUGUAGUUUCUGUGAGGUAGUCAAAAGUUUUAGUGCAACCAUAAAAUACAGAGCAAUCCUUGUCUAUCACAAUGGGAAAGCAAAACAGCAAACUAAAGCCAGAGGUGUUGGAAGACCUGAAGCAGAACACAGAAUUUUCAGACGCAGAGAUACAAGAAUGGUACAAAGGUUUCCUGAAAGACUGCCCCAGUGGCCACUUAUCGGUGGAGGAAUUCAAGAAGAUUUACGGCAACUUUUUCCCCUACGGAGACGCAAGUAAGUUCGCAGAGCACGUAUUCAGGACCUUCGACGCUAACGGUGACGGUACAAUUGAUUUUCGGGAAUUCCUUUGUGCUCUGAGUGUCACAUCCCGGGGAAAACUGGAACAGAAGUUAAAAUGGGCCUUCUCGAUGUAUGAUCUAGACGGAAACGGUUACAUUUCUCGGCAAGAAAUGCUUGAAAUUGUUACUGCAAUCUACAAAAUGGUUGGAUCGGUAAUGAAAAUGCCGGAAGACGAAAGCACACCUGAGAAGCGGACGGACAAAAUCUUCCGUCAGAUGGAUCGCAACAAAGACGGUAAAUUGAGCCUAGAAGAGUUCAUUGAAGGCGCGAAAAGUGAUCCCUCGAUCGUACGGCUGUUGCAAUGUGAUCCGCAGGCGCAGUGAGCAAUUCCAUACACACACCUUCUCCAUCUUUGUAGUAAUCGACGGCGGCGCUGGGCGCACCAGCACUGGCGCCGGCGUCGAUUAUCUACCACUGCUACUGCUAAUACUACUUCUACUUUAACUACUAUUAAAAUUGAUGAGGAUGAAAAUUGGCUAGCAAUCACAGCUGCUGAAGAUGCGAGUUCAAACAGCGAAAAAUGCCACCGCGUAUGCAAAAAACAACAACAAAAACAAACUCUGCAACACGCUAAUAGUAACUCCGAUAACAUUAAAUCUAAUAAUUAUAAAAUUUUACUAUUAUAUAACAAUAUUUAUUACAAAUCACAGUUUAUAAUUUACAAAUUGAGAAAAAGAUUAAAAAUAUUAAAACACUUACAAUUAAGUCUCACAAAAGUUUAAACACAAAACAAGUAAAUAAACUUAACUUAAGAAAUCGUUGAAUCAGCUGCAGAUUUUUUUAGAUACAUAUAUAAAUAGUUGAGCGAGUUUAAAUGUAAAUAUAUUUUAAAUUGAUAUUUCUUUUCAUCGCUUUUUUGUGGACGAUUUACCCCGUUCCACAGUCAUCUGUAUCAUCGAUGAAGGGCCACCAUGCGCAAAUCGACUAGCUCUAGAUUGCAUCAUAUCGAAUACCGAAUCGCCCUCUCUUUCAGUGAUUCACCAGCUGUCUUCGAGCAAAACAAACUAAAUGUACCGAUCGCGCGGCUUUGUCCCUUGGUCCUCUAACUCUCUCCAUCCUGCUGCUGUUCGUCCUCGUUUCAUCAUUAGUAAAAUUCAAAAACGUUUAGGCUCAUCCUUGGGGUCUUUAUUUAUGCAUAGAGUUAAAUCACGUUUAAGAUCUAGCUGCUGUUGACCUCCUGUAAACCUCCCUUAUAUAUAAAAGUAAUUAAAAGAAAACUACGUCUUUUCCCCUGUAUUGGAUUUUUAGGAUUGUUGAAAAUAGUGUGAUACUACCCUCUAGCUAUACUAAACCUUUGUAUUCAGUCGAAAGGAAUAUCAAUGCAAAAUAUUGAAUGAAAAGCCUUCCGGCAACAUGCGCUUGAAAAAUAUCAAUGAAGAAGAAUAUUCUUAGCGCCGGAAUACUCUGGAGCCUUGUUUAAGUAGGAAAAGGAGUAUUUUUCAAUCGUUUCAACUUCGAUUCGAAAAUACUGCCCUAUCCGUUGUGCCAUUUUACCAAAUAAGGCUAUAGAGGCAUGUUUCACGAACACAUCUCACAUCUGAAUGGCUGUCGAACUGCCAAAAGUUGUUAAAAGCAAGAAGGUAGCGUUUGUGGAACAUGAAACCCCCUCGUGCGCUAGAAUGUUGCCGGAGAAGCUCUUGUCCGCCCAUAAUCGCUUGCUGGUGACCACCAUCAUCAUCACCGCCACCACCACAACAACAACACUUGCAACCAUAAAACAAGAGAACGGAAUUUUAAAAAAAGAUUAAUUCGGGGCCUAAUCAAUUGUGAAUACGAAUACAGCAUACAAGACAAAACACACAAACGAACAAACAAAAAGUAGAAUUUUUCGCUGCCUCCGCGAAUUCACAUUAGCACAUCUGCCUAAUCGAUUGCAACUGCAAGUUUAAAACUAAAACCAAUCCAAUAGUUAUACAUAAUGUGAAAAACUUGCUCGCUUACAAACCUGCGAGCAAAGGACGGAAUUGAGAGACAAACAAAUCAAGUAGAAACAAACUUCCUGUUAUCGAUCGAAACAUGUGUCGUUGAGGGAAACAGUGAAAUAUAAUGGAGAAGACAAAAAAAGAUCUACAAAACCAAACAUACAUAGCAUUAUGGUUGUCCAAGCAGGGAAGGUUGAAAUUGUUAACUUGACAUUUAGUGAGUGUACUAAAACGGAUUAAUUGAAUUAAACAAAUCGGAAGAAAUUGUAAACCGAAAACUACGGUAGAAUUAAAAUUCCCUCAAAGUAUUGAUCCCAUUUUAUAUGUGUAAUACGGUUCUUAAGUGUUUUGACUCCACUCCCAGUUAUUUAUUAUAUUAGAUAUUAUUUUAGUCGUCUUUCGAAGCCUUAGCUCCGGCUACUAUUCUUCAGAGUCAAGUUAUGUAUAAACUGACCACCGCUAACCGCUAAGUUGUGACACGAUUUUUCACCCACUAACUUUUAUCGUAUCUAUUUUUCUAACGUAAUUACUCUAGCUGACUCAACUUCCUUUCUGUUUGAUAAACUAGGUUAUGUUAAAGACAUGUGUGAAGUUUUCCUUCGUACACAGGUCUGACACUGUUGACUUGCUAGUCUGACGUGACAUUUCGUACGUAUAACUCGCACUUGGAAUGAUUAAACCAGCAAAUCUCAACCAGUGUCAGACCGAAUAUGCUAAUUGAAGUUUUGUACAGUUUUUUGAAUAAAAUUUUUGUUCCCCACAUUUUUUUACUCUACGUUAGGUUGUGUUUUAAUUUUGUUUCAAAAUUUGAAAGAAAAUUCAAAGUGCUUUCCUCGUUCCUCCAUUGGAACUAGCGUGCUAAAACACAAAUGUAACACUCUAUCUGAAUUCCGUUGUUUUUUUCUAAACUUGUUCUUGCUUCAAGUGAAGUCAAUCAGGACGCGUCAUUCAACUUGUUAAAUAAACUAUUUUU